AUGGGCAAUUUCGCUUCCAGUGCCUAUCCUGAUUGCAGUGGAAAUAUUUUUCCUUUUCAAUUGGCACUGAUCGCCUACCUGCAGAGCGACAGGUUGUGGAGCUUUGAACCGAGUCUACAACUGUGGAGAGUGUUAAAAAAAAUAUGGUUUUCUUUUAAAUCAUAUGUUGUGACGUUCAUUGUUUUCUUUAUCAACUUCUUUGGUGGUGUCCAUUGCUUCACGACCUUUGUGUUUGGAGAUUCACUCGUUGAUGUCGGGAACAAUGACUAUAUUUUCACCCUCUCCAAAGCUGAUUCACCACCAUACGGUAUUGAUUUCAAGCCCUCCGGUGGCCAGCCCACCGGAAGGUUCACCAAUGGUCGAACUAUUUCAGAUAUUAUCGGGGAAUAUCUUGGAGCCAAAUCAUUUCCUCUACCAUUUCUAGCUCCAAGUAAAGAAGCAGACACGAUAUAUAAUGGAAUCAACUAUGCCUCUGGAGCUUCUGGAAUUUUGGAUGAAACUGGUCUUUUAUUUUUGGGAAGGAUUCCACUGAGGGAGCAAGUGAAGAAUUUUGAGGCGAGCAGAGAUUACAUGGUGAAAGUAAAGGGAGAGAAUGAAACAAUGGAGGUUUUGAAGAAUGCAAUUUUCUCUUUAACAGUUGGAUCCAAUGAUAUAAUCAACUAUAUUCAACCCUCCAUUCCAUUUUUCCAAAGAAACAAGGCUUCCCCAAGUGAUUACUUGGAUCAUAUGGUCUCCAACUUAACAAUACAUCUCAAGCAACUACACAAGUUGGGAGCACGAAAGUUUGUAGUGGUGGGAGUUGGACCACUAGGAUGCAUUCCAUUUGUACGAGCAGUACAUUUUGUAACAAAUGAAAAAUGCUCAGAAGAAGUGAACCGAUUGAUUGAAGCCUACAAUUUUAAACUAAAUGAAGUGGUUGAUCAAUUGAAUUUAGAGUUUGGUCCCAAUACCAUGUUCGUUUAUGCCAAUUCAUAUACGGUCUUCACGAAGAUUAUUGUCAAUUAUCAACAAUAUGGGUUUGUGAAUGCAAAGCAACCAUGUUGUGGUGGAUACUUUCCUCCUUUCAUUUGCUACAAGGACCAAAACCAAGAUCAAAACCAAUCAUCAAGCUCCUUUUUGUGUGAUGAUCGAUCAAAAUAUGUGUUUUGGGAUGCUUAUCACCCAACAGAAGCUGCUAAUAUCAUAAUUGCCAAAGAGCUCCUUGAUGGAGAUGAAACCAUUAGUUCUCCCAUCAACAUUCGUCAAUUGCAUGCCUAUCGUUUUUAAUAGUGUUUUGAAUUAUGCUUAUG